AUGAAUCGGAUUAGAUCGGGAAAACAGUUUCUUGGUUUUAGAAGAAACCAUCAAUAUCCUUCGUUCGCCCAAAUAGAAAUCGAGUCUCAGAACAAAAUAAAUGAAGUACGUUCGAAGUUUAGCACGGAAAAGUCACUGUAUGAAGAAAUGUCUGACAGUCUCAAGCCGGACGAUAGUAUCCUUCUUUCGGGAAAUGACUACAGACGAAUUGUUCUGAACACAACCCAUGUUUUCUUCUUCCUGAUGGUUGUUACGAUUAUUUUUAAAGAAAUGACCGAGCCUGGCGGCUAUUGGCAUCAUUCGGAAUCUCUCCGAUGGAUUCCAUUUAUGCAAAGGCAGUUCGAAUGUGACGAAAUUAUCGAUAAGGGGCUAGUCGAAAAUCUGAAGCUGAAAAUCCGACAUUUCGACGAUGGAGUCUUCGACAAGAAGAAAUUAUAA